UUCCUCGCCACCGCCAUGACAUCGUGUAUCCCUUUCCUCCGUAGUCGCGAUCUCGCAGCCGCGAAACAGGUGUCAGGAUGCGAGCCAUCGGGCGCAGAUUCGUCGACGGUGUUGGAUCAUUGAAAGCGUGGAAAACGACAAGACGCACAUCACGGUCAGAACAUUUCCAAGUUAGCUAAGCGAUCGUGGAAAUGUCCGCACAAUGCGCUUCAACGAAACGUGCACCGUUCAUUCCUCCGGAUGUAGAGAAGCCUGACUUCGAACCGACGAGGUCGAAUCAUCGCCGGAUUAUUCGCGGAUCGUCGUCGCGAUUCUGGAAGGAAUCGUUCGGACAGAUUUCCGAUUAUCACGAAAGUAUACCACUUUCGUUGUCUUAGGAUCAAUCGGUCGAGGACGAAUCGAAGUAAGAAGGUCGCCGUUACGUUCACCAUUCGAACUGAACUACCAUCGUCGAACCGAAUACUAGUCCUGUUGCACAAACGAAGAUUCAACCAACGAUCGGUUGAAUCGUUAACGGCAACGGCGACGUUUUCCAGAUUCCUGGCAUCCUGUUCUGGAAUUCGUGGGAACGCCGCGAGGCGCAGGGUUGUAUCCCACUAUAAAUAGAUGUUUUCUCGAGUUGGAUCGUACGUCUUGAGCUGGCCAAGCAUCGGAACAGAGAGAUACACAGACAUACACACCUACGUAUAUAAAGACGAGGAUCUAACCUCGUGACACGCAUGUCGGAGACGUCGCGAAAAUCGAGCUUCUCCUUGUCCUUGGAUCAACCAAAGGAUCAACCCAUAUGUCGUUGAAACAGCUUGCUCGGAUUUUGUAGAUAUAUCUAGGUAGAAGCUUGUAACCGGGGUCCAAAGGAAGUCGAGCAAAGACAUCCAGCCUUUCUUGCGAGCUGAAACGCGCCAUCGACUCUGUCCACAUUUGAAUUUUGUACAAAGAAAAAAAGAAAAAGAAAAAAAAACCACAUACACACACACACACACACACAACGAUCCUAUCCGCGAAGAGGAGACGAUUUAAAAAAAAGGAGUUCCUUCGAAAUAGAAAGAAACGACAAAAGCGGCGUGUUAAGUGGAACUUUUGUUGGAGUGGCCACGUCCUUAAAUUGUUUACUAAGCAUCAUCUUUUGUAUGUACGACUAGCAACGAAUCUUCUUCAUAUUUCUUCGCCCCUGUACGUUGUCGCGACGUGACAGCGAACGGGAUUCAGGAACGAAUAUCGCGACGAACGUCGUCGAUCAUUUUUUUAGCUGGUGCUUCUCUUUGUCCUCGACGAAUCAUUAUGCUCAACUCGUGCUGUGCUUUUUUCUACCGUGCUUGUACGCAUGCUGCGAGUGUUUUUUCAGUGGUCUAGUGUUACGCGUUAAUUGUUAAACAAGGCUUGACAAGCCUUCGAUCGAACGCCAACCACGUCUCGUCGGCCCAGGUACCUGGGAAUAUUCCUGAGAUGCCUGUUAGACGAGGACACGUGGCGCCUAGGACAACGAUUAUCGAAACCAUCAUCAGGAAGUUUGACACUCACGAUCGAAGUUUUUUAGUGGCCAACGCUCAACAAGGACUAUGUCACAUAAUAUAUUGUUCGGACGGUUUCUGCCGGCUGACGGGCUUUUCGAGGGCGGAAGUGAUGCAGAGACCGGCGAUUUGCGAGUUCCUUCAUGGGCCAAUGACGUCCCCCCAUGCGGUCGCAGCCCUUCGCGACGCCCUCGCCGCCGGCGUCGAAAAGCAUUUCGAGAUCCUUUACUACAGGAAAGACGGCACCAAAUUUCUGUGCAGCGAGGUGAUAGCGUUAAUAAGGAGCGAGGUGGACGACAUCUGCUUGCAAAUCAUAAACUUCGAGGAUCUGAGCUCCCAACCACCUCCACAGCCUGCAAUUCCGCCCCCAAGCCAGACCAACAACAGGCUCGUCACACGCUAUUCAAUGACGUUGACUCGAGCAGUCGACAGGGCAAGGGCGUCCUUUCGUGCCGGUCUAUCCAGGACUGGUGUCGUUGGUCCGCCAAGGGUCAGGAAUCGACCAAGAAACACGACCAACUUACCUCAUCGACUUGCUGACGGGACCAUCCUCGACGAGGACGCCUCUGAGAACUGCCCACUAACAUGUGGUUCACCUACAAUGAUGGAAUCUUGGGGUCCUGCAAGGACUGGCACACCCCCGCCCGCUCUUCCAGCCCCGCCAGCUGGGGGCAACAAUGGUGGUGCAACGUCUGCAGCAACCGCAAACGUUGCACAGCACGGCACCACUGCGCCGAUUGCCAGUCCCGAAGGGGUGAGCGAUGUCUCGCAGAAGUCUGGCAUCUGGGAUGGCUCGAACUUUCCGUCGACCGGAGGAGCGGAAGGACCGUCCCGAAGCGUUUCGCACGCCGCCAGUUUGGACGCGAUCUCGAGGAGGGCGGUGAAACCGGAAGCGUCGAGGGCGCCCUGUCGCAGCCUCACCUGCAGCGUUUUAGCGGGCCGAGGGAGCGAACAUGUCACCCUCGAGCGACGACCAGCGACAGUCGAUAAUCUCACGGAAGCUACUAAACAUUCGAAAAUCUUUCCUGGCGUUGCGUCCGAAAGUGACUUGCAAAAAUGGCGGACGUCCAAAGACCGGAAGUCGCCAUCCCUCAGCCAGAUGGGGCCCGACUCCAUCAGACACAAAUUUUCCUUGCAGGACAACGGGUCCGCGAAAUACUUUCAAGGUGCCAUGCACACGUCGAACAUGGGAGAGAAGGUGGCCCAGGUGCUGUCCCUUGGAAACGAUAUCCUCCCAGAGUACAAAUUACAGUCACCUAGGAUCGGCAGGUGGACCAUACUGCACUAUUCACCGUUCAAGGCGGUCUGGGAUUGGGUGAUACUACUGCUCGUCAUGUACACGGCCAUAUUCACCCCAUACGUAGCCGCCUUCGUCCUGUCGGAUCCAGAUUACAACAGCAGGAAGAACAAAAAGUAUAGUGACGAUCCCAUCGUCAUCAUAGACUUCAUAGUCGACGUCACUUUCAUAGUGGACAUCAUCAUAAAUUUUCGCACGACUUUCGUGAAUAGCAACGAUGAAGUGGUGUCCCAUCCUGCUAAGAUAGCCGUCCAUUACCUGAAGGGUUGGUUCAUCAUCGACCUGGUGGCUGCCAUACCCUUCGACCUUUUUCUCGUUGGCUCGCACACUGACGAGCUCGGCUUGGACAAGGACGAGACGACAACCUUGAUAGGACUUUUGAAGACGGCUCGUCUUCUGAGGCUCGUCAGAGUAGCCAGGAAGAUCGACAGGUACAGCGAAUACGGAGCUGCGGUUUUGCUCCUUUUAAUGGGCACCUUCGCUCUUAUUGCUCACUGGAUGGCGUGCAUAUGGUACGCCAUUGGGAACGCGGAGAGACCAACGUUGAAGAGUAAAGUCGGUUGGCUCGAUAUUCUGGCCAACGACACGCAUCAGUUUUAUUCACACAACAACACCGGAGGGCCGAGUAUAAAGAGCCGCUAUAUCACAGCACUGUAUUUCACCUUUAGUAGUUUAACGUCGGUGGGCUUUGGAAACGUGGCACCAAACACGGACGCCGAGAAGAUAUUCACUAUAAUAGUUAUGCUAAUCGGAUCUCUGAUGUACGCAAGUAUCUUUGGUAACGUAUCAGCGAUCAUUCAAAGGCUUUACAGCGGUACAGCGAGAUAUCACACGCAAAUGCUUCGAGUUCGAGAGUUCAUAAGAUUCCAUCAGAUCCCUAAUCCGCUUCGUCAACGAUUGGAAGAGUACUUUCAGCAUGCUUGGACGUACACGAACGGAAUCGACAUGAACAGUGUUCUGAAAGGAUUCCCCGAGUGCCUUCAGGCGGAUAUCUGUCUUCAUUUGAACAGAAAUCUUUUGAACAACUGUAGAGCCUUCGAGGGUGCCAGUCCAGGUUGUUUAAGGGCAUUAUCGUUAAAAUUCAAAACCACACACGCUCCGCCUGGUGACACGUUGGUUCAUCGGGGGGACGUGUUGACGUCCCUGUACUUCAUAUCGCGUGGCAGUAUAGAGAUAUUAAAGAGCGACGUGGUGAUGGCCAUCCUGGGCAAGGACGACAUAUUCGGGGAGAAUCCUUGCAUAUAUCCGACAGUCGGCAAAUCGUCGUGCAACGUUCGCGCUCUGACUUAUUGUGAUCUGCACAAGAUACACAGGGACGAUUUACUCGACGUUCUGGCUCUCUAUCCAGAGUUCUCCAAUCAUUUUAGCCAGAAUCUCGAGAUCACUUUUAAUCUGAGAGACGAGGAACAGGCUGGUGUCGAUCCAAUAUCAGCAAGGUUUCCUGUCAGCACUCCAACGGACGUCGAAGCCGACGCUAGGAGAUUCGCUUUCCGUCCACCACGAUACCGUCGAGGACCCGGGGGUCCUGGCACCAAUCUUAUCCCCACCGGUCGACAAGACUCCUUACAGGGUGAUCAGGAAGACUAUGACAAAGCAAGUGGUCAUGGAAUUUUGGAAUUCAGCACCGACAAAGCGGGCCAAGAUGUGACACCGUUAAAUUUAGAGUUCGACGAGCCGAAGCAAAGAAGUUCCACCUUGAACUCCAUAACCGGCAUGCUAACCCAUCUCAAGCGCAGCAUACCGGACCUACGUCAGCACAAGAUCCAUCUGCAACCACUGACGAGUCACGAUUACCUUGCCAAGCAGAUGACCACCCCGUUGACGAAACCAGCACGGAGAAGCUCCGCCGCCGACGAAAGCUGCCUCAGUCAGAACGCGGUGCACCCAACAUCGACGACGUCCAGUCAUUAUACCACACCGUCGCCACCACAGCAUCCACAGUCACACGGUGACUUUCAAAGCGGACCAGGCCGGCCUAUAGAGGAGAUGAACGUCAGGAUAGAUCAACUGUCGCGACAGGUGUCCUCUCUGGAACACUCGAUGGGAGAGAACAUUAGAUUGAUCCUAACGCUGCUCCAGCAGACCCUUAAUUCGUCGAGGGAGAGCUCCAGCAUCGAGAUGAUGCCUGGAACAGCACCAGCCGGACCUGCUAAGCAAAGUAGUAGAGCCCCGGCACUGGUCCAACGGUCAGCCAGCGAACCACAACCCCCGACUGCUCCGCCGUCGAACAAUGGAAACGGAAAGCUUCAGCCUAGCUCGUCCCACGGUUUGUUUAGCUUUCUUUCGAAAUCCCUGGAUCAGUUGCAUUUGAUUUCGGCGUCUUUUAUUUUGGAAAGGUUGGACAAGUUCCGAAGCAGACCACCGACGAGAGAUCCGACGUCAACGUCCUCAGGUACAUCUCGAUUAACGGUGACGUCGGACACGUCGGCGUUGGCGACGGCCCUGCAAACGGCGUUGAACGGUAGAACCGCGCCCACCAGGUCGCAAAGUCAACCCGUCGACCUGGCUGUACCACCCAACACGCAACAGGCUCAGCUGCCACACGCCUGGCACAGUCAACCUGCUGCGUUUAGGAGAGGAGAGUUCAGGAGCGGGUACAGCUCGUUCAACAAACGUUCAGAGCCAGAAGGUGAAGAUCCAUGGAGCUGUGUGGUGUCCGUCUCGGAUCGAGGAGCUUCUCAACGUCCCCGGAGUAGCGAGUCUCGUAAAGAACCAACGAAUCAUCGGGGUUCGAGCAAUUUGGCAUCGGCUCAACGUUCCGAGAGCAGACAACCGGGUCAGGAUGGCAGCGGUCAGCCAUCGAGUGGCCGGCAGGAGUCCUCGAGGCAAGCCAGCGAGGAUAUAUCCUGGGAGUUCACGAUAAACGAGGCGCCGAUCGCGAGAUUAGAGUCAUUGGACGAGCUCGAUCAGGAUCACGGUAGUUAAGGCCAAGGUUAGCCACUUCCUUUUGAUGCACUCUCGGCUCAUUUGCGACUGAAACGCGAUACGUGUCGAUGCGAUCGAUUAUAAACGAUCAUUCGGAUGGCUGUGGACUCCUUCCGUUCCCUUUUUGAAGGAUUUAACGAAGGUGGCGCCAGGAUGGCAAUCGUAUCUGGCUGCUCGAUAUUCUUCUAGCGAAUCUCCUCUCAUUUCACACCCGUCGUUACUAAGCCUAUCUUUCCCUUUAAAUCACCCUCGAUCGUUUCUUUUUCUACUGAUAUUAAAACGAAGCGUUUAAUAUUUUAAGUAGAACUAUGCAUCUUCUGAAAACGAAAACGUCCGAUGUUCUUUCUAUCUAAAGACGUUUUCCACGCAUACUGCGUUACUA